GUCUUCGGCCCAAAUGAGAAUAAAUUUUUGAUGUUACUGCUUGAAGACUUCUUUGAUUCUGCAUUGGUGAUUUGUAAAUGCAGUAAUGAAGGGAAGAAAGAGCUAGUGAAUUUAUUUUUGCCUGAACUAGGGCGCCUAGUGGCAGAAACAAAUCUUGGCUGCGCUCUGCAUCUGGAGGCCUUGAGGACCCUCAACUCUAUACUUGACAGUCUCCCACGGGAGGAGAGAAAGAAGUUCCCUCUCUCUGAGGAGAUAUGCUUGCUCACAAAAGACCUUGCAAAAACGAUACUGGAAGUUGGUGAUUAUGACCUUCAGGUUGCCCUUUCAGAAGCACUUUGUAGGUUAAUGAUAAAAAAAUGGAGGGAUGACCUUGUUCACCAGUGGUUUGAAGAUAGUUAUCUUGCUGAAGCUUUCAAAGAGAUCAAGGAUCGAGAAUUUGAGACGGACUGCAGAAAAUUUCUUAACCUGCUAAAUGAAAGGCUUGGAGAUAAAAGAAGAGUCUUCUCAUUUCCUUGCAUAUCUGCUUUUGCUGACAUGAAUGAGGUGAAGAAGCCAUCAGAUGAGAAACUGGAGGAGUUUUGGAUUGACUUCAACACUGGCAGCCAGAGUGUGACUUUCUAUGUGGAUUGUGAUGAGGCAGCUCUUUGGGACUCUGUGAGGCUGUCAAAAGAAAAUGUCAACAGUUACAGUGUGAAGGACAAGGAUAAACAAAUAAUCGUUAAAAUUUUGAUGAUGGCACCUGCUGUUGUUAACAAAACAGAAAUAACAAAAGUCAAACUGAUUUUCAGUGCUGAGUUUGAAAUAUUAAGUGUACUUAGAAAAGUCCUGGGAGAUGAAAAACUGAUGCAGAUAAUUGAGUCUGACGAUGAGGCUGUUCACACUGGGAAAGAAGCCAUGCAGAAUGAAGAAGAAACACCUGUGCCCUCUAGUGCACAGAGGAAGAAAAAUCCUUCAAACUCUGAAAAUUUGGAGACUCAAAAAGACAACUUAACCUCUCAGCACAGACAGCAGUUAACAGGCACUGUAGCAAAUAUGGUCAACCCUGGUGUUGCCAUGGUUACAGUGAGCCAGCAGACUGACCUGGAGGAUGCUAACCAAGAAAAAAAUGCCAAAACUCCAUCUCCAGCGAUGAAAGCUAAGGCCAGUGAGAAGCCCCUAGAAGAAGAACCUAUGGACGAGUCUCUGUCAAAGGUACAUGCCUUGGGGGUCCCUCUGAGUGAAGAGAUACAGGAAAGAAGCUCUAUGACUUUGAAAACUCAGACUCCCCAAGUCAUGAAAAGGACUUAUGAAACAAGAAGCAAGAGCAAGGAAUCAAACAGUCUUGAGAGAAGGCAGUCCAGUUACAGGAAACAUCUCUUCUCUGAAAGCAACAAUGAGAAUACAAGCCCUGCUGGGAGUGAGAAAAGCUGGAUCCUUGACUCUCAGAUACAGUCGGUGCCAAAAUCUGUUGACUAUACCCGAAAAAGACACACGGUGAGAAGUAAAUUAAAAGUGCUUCCAGUAUCUUCUGCAAGUAGCGGCAGUGACUACGAGUCAAAGAAGAUGAAACGCUCUCAGAGGACCUUGGAGGGAGUCCAAUCCUACUUGAAGUGUCUGCCAGGAGCCCUUCCAGCAACGUGGAGAAACCCACACAGAAGUUUCAUAGUACACCGGGCAACUUAUUGGGAGAGGAAGAGAGUGCCAAGCGGAAGAACUCAGGAUAUCUUAUACCCAUCCAGCAUUUUCCGAAUGCACCUUCAAUGCAAUAUAUUGAGUAGCACUAUCAUAAAAAAGCCUAAGUUUUCUAGUUUGGAGAAAAUUCACUUGCCCUCUGAGAUUAACCAUACACCGAAGAAAAUUUCUGAUUCAGUAGAAGAGGAAGUGGAGAUCCAGAAAGGUCAGGAAAUGGAUGCUAGCACAGAUGAUGUGUUCUUUUCCAAGAUGCUUCAUGAAGACUUGAGUGAUUCAGGAGUGAUUUUUGCCUUUGAAGGCUUUAUUGGCCAACUGAAGAAAUUGUUCUGGUCCCGGUACAAAAGGAUUGAGAGCAACACACAGGAUGCCCUGAGAUCUUCAGAGAAGAACUUGUCUGCCCUGCUGAACCAGAUACACCAGUGCAGGCUGAAUAAAUUUGAGACCUUCCAGAAGAUUGUUGUCAAAGAGCUUGCCAACCUUGAGAAGGAAACUCAAAUUUUGGCAGCCAUGGAGAAGGAUGCACUGGAUUUCUGGAAUGUGCAGCUGCUCAAACUGAAUACUUACUGCAACGAGCAAAAGCAAAGAGUGGAAUCUGUUGACUCAGCCCUGGGUGAAACAGCCAAGAGUUUUGCUGAUGCUGUCCAGAACACAACGUAUGAGCACCCAGUGAAGAAGGCAGAGGAAAACAACGUGUUGAUUGUUCCUUCUGACUAAAAAACCCCUGAAUUCAUUAUUGCUCAUGACAUUUGAGCACUUUGUGUGCAGC